AUGGGUUGGUUCGAUAACGACUCCGAGCAGGCUGAUGCCGCUAACCAGUGGGACAACACUGAUGAGCACCACGAGGCCUCUUUCUCCCACGAGCUCCUUGCCGGUGCCGCCAGCUUCGCCGCUGCCCGCGCCUACGAGAACCACGUUGCCCAGAACGGCGCUCCCCCCAACCACGCCAUGGCCAAGGAGCUGAUGGCUGGAUUCGCCGGUGCUUUCAUCGACCGCGAGGUCGAGACCAAGGGUCUGGACUUCGUUGACCGUGAGCGCGCUAAGCGCCACGCCAACCAGCAGAUCGAGGAGGUCAACGUUGAGGAGUUCAACUACAACUAG